CAGCUGUGGCGGCUGCAACGCUCAACAUCAAUCCCGGCGGAGGCGGCGGAGGUGUCGCGGGCUGUGGCAGCCACAACGUUGUUGCUGCCAGUCAUGACCAGCUCGCCAAUGUUGCUGUCAUGGAGCCAACAUACGGCAGCCACAACGGUAACAACGGCAGCGGCGGCAACAUUUGCAAUCAGCAGAUCAACAACUACAGCAAUAACAACGGCAGCAGCAGCAAUCAUAUGAGUGCAGGCAGUUUCUUCGGCAGCAACAAUACCAGCCAUACCGAUUAUAUGGCCACGCCGACUACCACUUAUGCGACACCCGCGACAGCAGCAACAUCCACAGUGAACACCACGACGAUGCUGUCUAAUUACUGCGAUGCCGCGACCAUGAUGAUGGCCGCUGCUGCAGUCAAUGCAAAUCAAUGCCUGCAGCAACAUCACCAGCGCAUGUUGCGGGUGGCGGGCAGCAACAGCGGUAGCAACAGCAAUAGCACAGCGGCAAUUCCCUCUUCGUCCUCGGCCGGCUCGCUGUCAUCUGCCUCAUCGACGCCAACAGCAACAGCAACAGCAAUAGCAACAACCGCAGUGGCCCCGCAGCAACAUCAGCAGCAACAGCAGCAGCAACAGCAACAAUCGCCGCCAAAUUUAAUCGAUAUCAGCGAAGUUCCUCUCAUUGUGGAUGUCAAGUAGUGUAAUUAUUUAUGCAUCUAGAAAUGGGGCUAUAAAACAACCUUGUAGAUACCCCGCCCCCAAAACCCAAAAACCCAAAAAAAAAAAUGUUUUAUGAAAAAUGUAAAAAAAAAGGAAGAGCCGCUUAGCUUAAUUGACUAAUUUUCCAUUUGUAGUUUUUGUUGUAACUUUGUACAUAAUUACCAGAAAAAUCCAAAUUUUUCUCUAGGCCGCCCCAGCUGCGAGCAACAAAUCUCAGCUGACAUAUCCCAGAGAACUUCAAAAGUUAAAUCCAAAAAAAACGGCGGCAAAUAACGUCUUUAUAUAUGAAUGUGUAUAAUAUUUAAAUGGCACUGAGUUCUACUUAAUUUUUAAGCCACAAAAAUUAAUGAAAAAUUGAGGAAAAAGAAAACAACUUGGAAAGAGACAUCUCCCUUUAAAAAGACAAAACAUAAAGAUAGUUGAAAUAUUUAUAUAUGUAAUGUAGCAUAUACACUUAUAUACAUAUAUGAAUAUAUAAAUGAAACUCUACUCCCAGUGGUUUGCAGAAAUAUACCAAAAAUUUUAAGCUAUGUUUACUUGAUGUGUGGCAAUUUUUUAUGUGUGCUUUAGCAAUUUUAUUUUUACUUUAAGUAAAAUUUAAAAUUAAAUUCGAUUCUCGAACGGGUUUUCUCUCUGUGGUACAUCUCAAAGAUGCCCCUAGGUGGAAAGCCCAUUUCGUUGAAAUAUGAAUGCAAAAUUUAGCGAAUUUUUUAUUUAGUAACCAUUACGAGUAAAAACACAAAAUGUUCAGUGCAAGUUUCAGUUCUUAAACGAUUUUUUCGUAAUCAUAAGCAUUAUCUUAUUUAUGUGUAUAGAGUAUGAAAAGUUUUCUAUAUUUUGUAAUAAUAAAAAUUUGCGUUUAUAAUGAA